UCGAUUUCUAAAUUUAGCCGCGUGUUGCCCCGCCGAGUAUAAAUACCAACACCACGCGUCCAGCGCGUUCCUCUACACGACAGUCGACUGGUGACAGAGAACAGUUGUCAACGAGAGACUUCAUUGACAGGUGAGCGGCCAAGUGUCACUGACCACACUCCAGGACUAAGACUGUGUUGUCAUGUUCCAAGAUUACCACCUUACCUAUCAGAUAUGAAAGGGUCGGCGGCUUUGCACAUUCUCUCCCUCCUCAUGGCGUCGGACGGCGAUGGCUGGCAGCAGCAGCAGCAGGUACCCGAGAGUUCCUCUCACUACGCCCCACGCCUCGGCCUUGACCUCUGCGACCCCUUGGAUGUCGAAUCUCUGGACUUGAACCAAGGCCUGUACGUUGAUGGCGACGUUCAAGACGGGGUGGAGUCUUGGGUGGAGAGCGUCAUCGAGCUGACAUCAUCGGGAGAGUUUGUGUCCUCGGGGGAUCAAGCAUCGGUUCCAUCCUCGUCCAGCGUGAGUAGUGGUCAGCAUUUCCCUCCCGGCCAGCCCGCCGCGCGCUACGACUGCAGCAGUCACGGUGGCCUGCACACGCUCCUGGCGUCCGACAAUGCCACGUUCGACUCCGUCCAAAACUUUGCCUCGGGGGAAAAUAUCUCCAUGGAUUUUUCUCUUCUGGUUCCUGCCAUGUCCGAGGCUGAAGAAGCUUCCGUGUCUGCUUUGACGUUAGCGCCCUCGGGGCUCGAGGAGGAGACACCACGUGUGUUACUGGACGACACGGAGGUGAUGGGCGCCGGACAUUUUCCCAGCUCGCUCUGGAAUUUUGAUUUAAGUGCUGCGACCUUUGAGCCGUUGGGGUCACUAGACGGGGGUCAAGAAGUCGCCGGGACGUCAACAUCAACGUCGAGACGGUUGACAUCGUGGGCAGGCUCAACGACGGCGACAUGUCGAGGCUGUCGCUGCUGUCAUCAUCAGCGUCCUCUCUAGCUCAGUCGCUGGACGAUGAGGAUGCUGUUGAUGAUGAUGAUGACGAUGCCGGUGACCAGCAGAAACUCAUCCUCGAGAAGCGAGAGAAGAACCGCUGGCCGCCCAGAAGUGUCGCACCAAGAAGCGGGACAGAGCAGAGGCCCUGCAAAAGUUCCCUUUAUAUGACAUCUACCUUGGUCCUGUCAAUGAGUUGUGAGUGUGGCUGUAGUUGUUGGUCUGUGUGGCUUGUGGAGACUCGUGGGCGUGGUGUGCACAAGGAUGUGUCCAGGCUGGAGGAGAAGCAGGACCGGCUGAAGGAGGAGGUGAGGAGACUGCAGGAUGAGUGCGAAACGCUGGAGGACAUCAUCCAGGUGCACGGGAUGGUCUGCCCCAAGCUGCGCAAGACCUCGCCACACUGACCUCCCCUUGACCACCAACCAUGUCUUUAGGUCACGUGAGGACUCGGCACGCGCCGGCAUCAACCUUGUCUGGUGCAGUUUAUUUAGCAAGACUACUCGCAGAAGACGAUUGAGUUGUUUACAGAAGGAGUUGUUGUUGAUGUUGGGAAUGAGAAGUUCCCGAGGUCUGACAGUUGACAGCAAGGCUGGUGUUGAUGGCAGGACUUUGUCCACAGGUUCUGGGGGCCUAGAAGGCUGUGACAAACCAUCUGCUGGCAAAAGUACAAAUAUUUGUUGAAACCCGAGUGACAAAAAACAAUUUUAUGGAGACUGAGAAGCACUCGACUUAAAUGCAAUGUUUUAAAGAGUGCCUUAGUGAACAGCCACGAUCGGUUGUGGACCCGGUGUACGGACUGUCUCGGGGAAAAAAGCGAGAAAGUGCGAUAGUAUGAGAUGAUGGGGUGGCUUCCAAGUAAGGCCGAAUACUGAAUGACUUUUGAACUCUUGAGCCAUCUUAAAACAUUUUUUAGUUUGUUUACUCGGCUAGGUGGCUUGUUAUCAACACAAACUAUUUUUAAUCACGAUUCUUCAUUUCUUUAACAGACGUGUGUGUGCGUGCGUGACAAUUCAAGACUUUGAAGCUUGUAUGCACAUCGAGAACUGUACAAAUGUGGUUAUGUUGCCCCUUGUUGGUUAGUGUUUACUGCAGCAAAGAAAAAAUGAAGAAUAGUUUGUGGAAGAGGUUGUUGGUGGCUGGUAUGGAGAUGAUAACUGCUCUCAGCAUUCUGAACUCUCGGCACCGACUCUCCCCACCUCUCCCCUUGCUCAAAGACAACUGGUCAGCUGACAUCAAGCAGAGCUUAUCAGUAAUUUUUUAUUGCUUUUUAUGUCGAGAUCCUCAGGUCAACAAUCAAUCAAAAUCAUACCAUUACUACCCAUUAUAUCAGAAUCAUUCUACUCGGUUCAGCAAACAUUAAGGCUUCUACCAAAAUAUAAGGUGAGUGAGUCAAAUCUUUCCCAUUGCUGGCAGGCAUGUAUACAGCAGUGAGAUAACCAGAAUAUAUGUAGGUACCCAAAUUCAGGUCUACACCCAAAAUACCCGUCGCUGUUAGGUACAUCUAACAUUUCGUGUGCAGGGUCGGACAUGUGUUAAUGGUGUGUUUUGAAAACCUUUUGUGGAAAGACUAAUAUUACAUGCUGUGUGUUUUGAAAGUGUCAUCAUCACUAAACUGACUAACCAGAAGAAACACUCAGGCUUGAAAGAUGGUUUGUGGACCUGGGUGAAGCACUGUUUGCGACCUUUUGUCGUGGAGACAGGGUUCCCCACUUUCACUUGAACUUUCCAAAAAUAUUUGUUUUGUUUCUUGUUUACGUGAAAUUUUGUUGUUCCCAUGGCUGUUCUGUCACUGAUGAGGAAAUCGCUGUGCCGAGCAUACACAUGAAGAGAAAAAGAGCCUGCCGCGUUGUUUACUUGUUGAUAUUAUGAAACAGAAAUAUUAGCCUCGUAGACGACAGCACGAAACAGGAAACAAGUUGACUGGACAAAGGGAGAUAAUAGCUUUGAAGCGUCUACUUAUUUACUUGUACUGUGACAAAAAAAUAACAAAAAAAAAAAACAAAACAGACUGUAUUGUGCAAAUAUUGUUACUGAUUGUUAUUGAUAAGAAAGGUGGGUUGUUUUUUUUUUUGUACUCGAGUUACAUAAAGGGUUCUACAUGACAUUAUUUGUGUUUUUACUGGAAGCAGACAUAGAAAAUGCUGGACUAUACAGUGUUGUGAAUUUGUGUGUGAUUAUAAAAUACAAUUGUAUGAUAGUUGAA